AUGCUGAAAUUUCAAGAAACUGCAAAGCAUGUCACUGUUGCCAGAUUUAAUUCUGCUUGCUCAGAUACUAUGAUUGCAAGAAGAUACACUAUUCAGAGGAAACUUGGCAAGGGAAGCUUUGGAAGUGUAUAUCUGGUUUCUGACAGAAAAGCGAAACGAGGAGAAGAAUUAAAGGUUCUAAAGAAAAUCUCUGUUGGAGACCUAAAGCCUAAUGAAACAGUUGAAGCAAAUCUGGAAGCACAACUACUCUCCACAUUAAACCAUCCAGCCAUUGUUAAAUUUUAUGCAAGCUUUGUGGAGCGAGAUAGUUUCUGCAUUAUCACUGAAUACUGCGAGGGUGGAGAUCUAGACUUUAAAAUUCAAGAGUACAAAGAAUCUGGGAAGAUAUUCACUCAAAGACAAAUAAUAGACUGGUUUAUACAGUUGUUACUCGGAGUCAACUAUAUGCAUGAAAGGCAAAUACUUCACAGAGAUUUGAAAGCCAAGAAUAUAUUUUUGAAAAAUAAUCUUCUUAAAAUUGGGGACUUUGGAGUUUCUCGUCUUCUGAUGGGUUCGUGUGAUCUGGCAACUACAUUUACUGGGACACCAUACUACAUGAGUCCAGAGGCACUGAAGCACCAGGGAUAUAACACAAAAUCUGACAUUUGGUCUCUGGGAUGCAUUUUGUAUGAGAUGUGCUGUAUGAACCAUGCAUUUACUGGACACAAUUUUUUGUCUGUUGUGUUAAAAAUUGUAGAAGGCGAUACACCUUCUCUUCCUGACAGAUAUCCAAGCCAACUGAACACUGUGCUGUGCAGCAUGUUAAAUAAGAAUCCUUCAUUGAGACCAGCAGCAGCAGAGAUUCUGAAAAUCCCUUAUAUUGAUGAACAACUAAAGAAUGUACAGUCCAAGUUCAUAAACAUGACUGUGAAAGACAAGGCACCUGACUGGCAGAAAGAAGCUGCUCCCCUUUUUGAUGCUGUGCAGAGGAAAAUUCAUUUGCAAACUCUGCAGGAACUCUCUGAAGUACAGAAAAUGACACCGCGGGAACGAAUGAGGCUGAGGAAGUUAAAUGCUGCAGAUGAGAAAGCAAAGAAGUUGAAGCAGCUGGCAGAAGAAAAAUAUCAAGAAAAUAUCAAAAGAAUGCAAGAAUUCAGGUCCCGUAAUUUUCAGCAGCUGAAUGUCAAUGUCCUACAUGAAUCUGACGAGCAGACUUCAAAACCCCCAAUUCAUUCUCAGCCAGGCGCUACAUGCGGCUAUGUGUCCAUAGGACAUGAUGAACCAAGUGGAAAUGAGACAUCAGGUCAGCUCUGCGUGUCUGAACUCACAGACCAUGAGAUCCCUGAAGACCCAGAAAUUGCAGAAGAAUAUUAUAAUGAUGAGUUUGAAUCCUGUUCAGAAGGCAGUGAAGUGGAAGAGGAUGUGGAAGCAUCACAGACAGUCUCUAAGACAAAUCAUCAGGACAGUGAUAUUGAGGCAAUGGUCAAGUAUUUGGAGAGUGUCCUGAAUAAUAGCUCACUGGGCUCGGGGACUGUCACCAGAGUGUCUCCAGGGGCACCCCAGGGAUUCAGAGCUCUCAACAGCAUUAUGGCAGAGACCAAACUGAAACGCAUGAGGGAAUCUGCCAUUGGGAAGCUGGGAGUGGAGGUAUUUGAGGCCGUGUACAGCUAUCUCAAGCAGGCGAGGCAGCAGAAUGCCAGUGAGGAGGAGAUCAGGAGACGUCUGGAGAAAUUGGUUCCUAGAGCAAGCGAUUGCUUUGAAGUGGAUCAGCUUCUGUACUUCGAGGAGCAGCUACAGGCGUCAGAAGCACAUCUUCAGCUGUAA